AUGGCGAACUCAAAUAUAAAAAGAUGGAGUGUUAAAAUUAAUGAUCUUCCACCGAAUAUCUCUACUGCUGACUUGACUGGACAGCUAGAUAUUGCAAUACAUCGAAUCGUUAUUCCGAAACAGCGAUAUUUCAACAAGUGCUACGCGUAUAUUAACGGAUUUCCAAAUGAGGAACAAGCAAAUGAGUUUACUCUUCGAUGGAAUGGGAUGAACAUUUAUGGAAAAAGAAUUAAAUGUAAAGCUCAUGAAAAUAUUCUAACGAUACCGAGUACAUUCCAUCCCCGACGUCACGAACAAGCAUCAAUAACUGAUGAUACGAAACCAAUGAAUCAGUGUGAUUUUCGAGUCACGACUGAUUCCAGUUCAUUGCAUUCAUCACAAAACAAAUCAUUUCACUUCUCUUCAGAAGCAGAUUCUAUUCAAUCUGAACAGCAAGAAUGUCAUCUUGGUAUUCACUGUGCGUAUGCAUUUUGUCCGUGGAUCCAUCCGCCAGAUUGGCACGUUUGUGAAGAUGGAGCAGAAUGCAAUUCUUUUGAUUGUAAAGCGAGCCAUCCUGAAGAUCGUAAAGAUAAAUGUUCGCUUGGCGGUACUUGUCACAAUGAUGCAUGUCUUCUUUUACAUCCAAACGGUCGACAGUUGCGUAUUCGCGGAGCUAAAUGUCUCGAGCUCGAAUCUACAUAUGUGCAUCCAUCCGGCCGACCAACUAAGUGUAAAGACGGUAUUCUUUGUGAUAAGUUCAAUUGUAAUCGGUUACAUCCACGUGAAUGGGAUCCACCAGAUGAUACCAAUUAUAGAAACUUCCAAUCACAAAGUAGUGGCAUUCUAAAAUCAUUCCGAGUACGCAUGAGCGAACGAGAAUCCGCUCGAUUACCUAUCUUUCGUUCACGUACUGAAUUUUGUCAACGACUGGAACGUGAAAAUUUGCUUGUAGUCACAGCUGAAACUGGUAGUGGUAAAAGCACACAGUUGCCUCAAUAUGCUGCUGAGUAUUUCUCCGAUGGCCUCGUAGUGUGUACUCAACCACGUGUUGUCGCUGCAAUGUCUUUGGCUCGUCGUGUGGCGGACGAGUACGAUGGAACAUCCGAAGGCAAUUCUGUUGGAUAUCAAGUUGGCAGCGGCAAUCGUGUACAAGGUACAAAUAUUAUGUUUAUGACGGAUGCGGCACUCAUCCACGAGAGUCAAUCCGACCCAAACUUGAGUCGGAUACGUGUACUGAUAGUUGACGAAGCGCAUGAACGUUCACUUAAUACAGAUAUCGUUAUCGGCAUUAGUAAACUACUAUUAAAAAAACGUCCAGACGAUUUCUUUGUUGUCAUCGCUUCGGCGACCAUCGAUCCGACUCGGUUCUUAGCAUUUUUUGAUCGAACAUUCGAUUCUCCUUUAUCCGUUCUUGGUCGUGUAUUUCCAGUCACCAACGAGUAUUUACCACCACCAAAAGAUUGUACGGAUCAAAAUCUUAUUGAAUUACACCUUAUUCCAACGAUUCUUCGUCUGUUUCCCAAACAUAAAGGAAAUACGUUGGUUUUUCUUCAUGGUCAACGCGAAAUUGAACAUGCCUUAACGCUGUUCAGUCGAGAUAUACCCAAUGGAUGCGUAGCAUUACCGCUCUAUGGUUCGUUAUCGCCGGAAGAACAAGAAAGAGUGCUUCAAUUCGAUGAUGAGAAUCCCCAGCAGCGAAUGGUUGUUUUUUUGUACCAAUGUUGCUGA